AGAAGAGGGUGAAGUGAUUUAAAACAAGGUUAUGAAUACGAUUCUUAUAAUAAAUAAAAAAUCAAUGAUAGGACGACACGUCAGAUAGUAGGAAGUAAAAAUAUAACAGAGCACGUCAAAGACAUUUGAGCAGCAAGAAGCAAGCAGAUAAAAGGAGUUAGAAGUAUCAGCCAUGGCUAUGAGAUCAUCGGACAUGGAAGUUUCCGAAGCAAUGGCAGCUGCCAAGCAAGAUGAUGACAUUGAGCCACUUUCAGGACAACCCUUCUUUCAUGUUAAGCUUACGAAAUCGCAUGUUGGUGCCAGAAGAGUUUAUCAAAUGAUAUUGCCUGUACACUUUACUCGGAUACUUCCCAACAAAACCGUGCCAGUGACCCUCACUUGCAGCGGGAAGAGUUGGGAGACGAUUUAUCUAGGUAAAGGUUUGUGCUUCAACAAGUUCAGCCCAUCAGGAUGGAAGACAUUUGUUGUUGAUAACAUGCUCAAGGUUGGAGAUUUCUGUGUGUUUGAACUCAUGGAAUGCAGUGAUAUCGCUCUCAACUUUAAGGUUCAAAUUCUUCGAGGCGACUUUCCAUCGGUUUUAGAGAACAAGGAAGCCGGUACAAUCUACAAUCCCAUUGUUGUUGAGUAAUAUGAUCAUUAGAAUGAUUAAGCUGGUUUUCCCUGCUUGUAGUGAAUGUAGUGGUAGUUAGGAUGCUCAUAAACUUAUGUUACUUAGAUUCGGGAAUUCAUUUUCGAUAUAUGUAUGCAUUCAAGAGUCUGACUCGGCUAAAUUAUGGAAAAAAUAA